CUUCCUGUAUAAUGUAAACAACGUCAUAGUUUAGAAAUGGCCGCCGCUGACAGCAUCCGCGUGGUUGAUGAUGAUUAUGUGAAGAGAAUACAUAGUAGAAAUCCAUCAGGACAUUUACACAAGGGGCAUGGCAUUGUGGCGGCCACAGCAUCUAUUCCCAGCAAAUACCAGACUAUUGUAACAGACAAUGCUGAUAAGCGGGGAUUUCUAUCCAAAGCAAAAAGAUUCAAAUAUGAUGCAUUUAUUACAGAGGCACCAGGCCCAGGUGGUUAUGUUGGACAUGUUAAAAUGGACAAUAAUUCUACUUCAUUUUCUAAGAAAGGAACUGGAAGUUUUGCCUCAAAGUCCAAGAAAGGUCUGAAGUACCAGCUGACCAGUGCCCCAGGCCCAGGUAUCUAUGGUCUGCCAAGCAUGCUCCGUACUCAGCGGGAUUACAACCAGGCAACAUGUACCAGUGCAUUCCACAAACCGAUAGCCCAGACCUCAAACAAAACAGAGGUUCGACCGGGCCCUAAUCAGUACGAUAUAUUAAAAGUUAAAUAUGGAAAGGCAAACAAUGUGACCGCUAAUGCAGGAUUUAAAUCACAAACCAAAAGAGAAGUGAUAAAACUGGAUGACCAGGCUCGAAACCCUGCUCCAGGGCAUUAUGAUGUAAAGGAUGACCUUCUCCAUGACAGUGCAAAAGUUCCUCUCUCUAGUUUCAAGUCAAAGACCAAGCGACAGAUGCACGCAGAACCAGCUCCGGUGCCGGGUCCGGGUGCCUAUAGACCAGGAGAGGAAGUAGACCCAGCAAAGAAACAACUGUUCCCGAGGAAGCAUUAUCUGUGUAUAUCAGCCCCUGCGAUGCCCCUGCCCUCCACCCCUCCCCUACCUGGCCCUGGGAGCUACGAAGUGGUGGAUUAUGAAGGGCCCCCCAAACACUAUAUGUCCAGUGCUGCCUUUGUAUCUACGUGUAGCAGGUGGAAUGGAGCCGGUCAUAGCAUGGAACAGCCUGGGCCAGCCCACUAUCGACCUGUUGGCAAUGGGAAACAGUCUUUCAUCUACAAUGCAGCAGGAAAAUGGAUAUAGAGCCAUCGGUUACCGUGGAAACUGUGUGUGGGAGGAUGGCUGUCAGUAUAGGUGUGCUGUAUGUAAUAGAGAAGGUGUAUGUAUGUAUCUGUGACUGAAAGGGUGCACUAGAUAAAUCAGGUAGAGGAAGAGAGACUGGCUGAACUAACUAAUGGCAGGGAGGCUGGCUACCAUCUCUUAUGGCAGGGGGAGGCUGGCUACCAUCUCUAAUGGCAGGAAGGCUGGCUACCAUCUCUAAUGGUCGGGAGGCAGGCAACCAUCUUAAAUUGCAAGGAGGCUUGGUCACCAACUCUGGUAGGACAAAGACCUUUGGAGAGAUGUUGUCAGCCACAGGGACGGAGGCUGACUGCAAUGUAAAUUAAACAGGGGAGAGUGUUGACAGCAGAACCCUUAGGGAGUCAUCAAACAACAGUGAUCAUAAGACCUUGCAUUACUGGUGUGUGAACACAAGUUUAAGGUGUGAACAUAAUUCUUUGGCUGUACAUACAGGAUAUAUUAUACAUAUACUUUGUGAACAUCUAAGUGUAUUUUUAUGGUGCAGCAUGUCUGAUUGAUGCUAAAAAAAAAAAAAAAAACACAGAUCCUGGAGCUUUUAUCACUUUAUUACUGUAUAUACAUUGCCAAAAAUCCAAAUUAUAUAUUU